GAAAAGGACUCUUUACACAUGCGCAUUGGGUAUCAUGGAGGAAUGUAAACUAAUCCAAACAACUUGUUUCUAUCCCUAAGAAAAAAGAGUCUUUUCCCCAUCAAGCAUAAUGGAUCGUUAUUCCAAGAAAAAGUCACCAGAUGAUUCAGCCAAGAGAAAUCUAAAGGCAGAAGCAAUGCAAGAAGUUCUUCCUGGUUAUGAAGAAUAUUUAGUUCUACUUCAGGAAAGAAACAGAUUGCUUAAGAGACUUAGAAAGAAAUCUAAGAAGCAGAUCGACAUUGAAAGAAAGGAACAGGGAUUUUCUAUCUAUGUCAAUGGAGCCAAUACAGAGAUGAUGGCUAAAAAACAGAAAUCACAAGCACAUCAAGAAAGUCCUCAAGAUGACAGACCAACAUCCGGUAGACUAAAAACUGCAGGAGAUGUAAGUAACAAACGAGUUUUGAAUCUAGAAGACCUUAAUGCAAUAUCACAGUUAGAAAGACAAAAAAUGGCAGAAAGAAACAGAGCUAAAACUGCUCCAGCUAGAGAGAGAAGACGGAACUGGCAGGCAGCAUCUGUAGAGAUAAAGACAGAGAGAGGAGAAAAUAGAAGAAUAAAAGCUCCAGAAAUGAUAACUGGAAAUUAUGAGGAUGAUUUUGAAGAUUCUGAUGAUGAUGGGGAUGAUGACGAUUCUGAUGAUGAACAGCAGAUGAGAGCUAGUAUGUCACAGUAUUUAUCAGAUGAUGACUCAGACAGCGACAUUGAGAUAGAUGCUUCCAAACAUAACAGAUUCAAUAAAUUUAAGUCACCUCCAAAGAAAAACUCUGCUGUGGAAGGUGUAAAAAGGAAAGUCAAAGCACCAGAGGAAAGAAUAAAUGAGAAAUUAGAACUUAGUAUUUCUGAUGUCAAGAAACUGCGACAAAGUUUAUGUAUGAAUGCCAGCAUCAGAGAAAGUCUUGCCAAGGAAGUCAGUUCUGAUUUUGAAGAAGCAGAAAUUCUAGAAGAAAUAGACUAUUCCAGUCAGGAUGAAGACUUAUCUGACAGAGACUCUCCUAUUCCUGAAGAGGAUGAAGAUAUAAUAGAGGACCUUGUCCCAGCUACAGACAGUGUGGAAGAGAAAAAAGCACCUGUCUUUAAACAUACAGAUACUAUUGUUCUAGAGUUAGCUUUACCUCAGCAAAAAAAGAAAGUACAGCAUAAUUUAUCAGCUGCGAGGAAGAAAGAUAUUGAUGAUGACACAAAUGGCAACAGACCACAUCGUAAAGAUCCAGUACCUUCUAGUCCUAGAGGUCAAAAGCCAAAGGUUGAUAGUGUAUUACAAGCUAAUGUGCCCUCCAGAUCCAAACAAGAACGUCCUCUCUCAGCCAACAGACGUAAUCAACCUGAGAAGGUUGAUACUAAUGAGGAGGCUUCAGCUGUCAUGGCAGCAUUAAGAGCAGAGAAUGAAAAAGCAUCAAAAUUAAUUAGAAAUACUCCUUCUACACCUGAUAGAUCUAAACCAAGACCUUCAAGUUUGAACCCUCAGAGGAAGUCUGUGGAAGCAAGGCCAAUAAGAACACCUACCAAAGACAAAUCAGAUGUUAGAGGUUCACAGAAUGUUAACAGAUCUAAAGAUGGUCCUUCUGUAAGGAAGUCUCAACAAGUUAGAGAAUCUGUUAAUGUUCCACAAUCACCCAGACAGGAAACAAGUGAUAGUUUCCUGAAGAAUGAUAAACUGACUGAAAUAAUGAAGAAAGUUCUACUCAUGCAACCUAAACAGCAGAAGAAAUUAAUGACAGUUUUAACAAAGAUUGAAGGUUCUGUAGAAAAUGAACCCAAACAGAAACCAAACACUCCAGUAAAAGCUACAGAACCUGUGAACAACAUGGUCAACAGACAAUCAAAGAAUGUCAAAUCUGGAAAAGGUCAUUCUCCUGACGAAAUGACAGAGGUUAACAUAGAACUGGUAUCCACAUGGGGACAUAAGGAACAGAUAGGACUAACAGAGUUACAGUUCUUUGAUAAAAACAGGAAACUGAUACCCAUAAGUACCAGUAAUAUUACAGUUCAUGGAGCUAGGGACAACAGCAAUCUGGUUGAUGUGUUAUUUAAUGGGAAAGGAAAGACAAACAAAGAUAGAAACAUGUGGUGUUGUAGAUAUAAGAAAGGAGUACCUGUGGAAAUGUGUAUACAGUUACCUGUAUCAUCACCAGAACUAUUGUCUAGGGUCAAAAUAUGGAACUACAACAAAAGUAUGCAAGAUUUAGAGAUAGGUGUAAAGCAUGCGAGGAUAUUUAUUGGUGGAGAAUUAGUUUUUGAUGGAGUUAUAGAGAAAGGCUGUGGUAAUCAGGUGUUUGAUUAUGGUUUUAUUAUUAACUUAAACGAUAUAGAAGAUCAACCAUCACCUAGAAGUCCUAAACCCUCCUCACCAGCUCAUGUGUCUCCCACACCUCCAUCCAGACCUACUGAUGUCUAUUCAGAACCAAAGGUACAGCAUAGACCUCUUCCCAAACCACCAUCUCCUGCCAGACAAUCUAGAACUGAGAAGUCAGUUAAAGCCUCUACUGAAAUGUCUCGGCAGAAAGUUUCUAAAUCACCUUCACCUGUUGGACAGUCUAGAAAUGAAGAUGUUAUAAUGACUAAACCGAAACCUGUUAAAAGAAACAUUUCUAAUUCUCCGUCUCCGGCUCCGGCUAGGCCUAUCAGUGGAUCGUCUAAUUCCUCUAAUGAAUCAAACCAGAAACCAUCCAGACCUCUCCCACAAGUACGCAGUGAGACAAGGACAAUGAACCACUCUGAUAGAAGUCUACAGAAGCCUGUUGUAUCUGAUAGACAAGGCAGUGACAAUGAGGACUAUCAUAAAGAUGAAAACAAGCUACCAGGGAGACAUAAAGGGUCCAGGACCCCUAGAAAGUCCAAACGAAUGGCUGCCAAGCUUGAUGGACAUUCUUCAACAGAAACUGACUCUAGACAAUUUUCAGAUAGUGCUGAUGGGCGAAGGUCUCCACUUGUUCAGAAGGAAGAGAUGGUCAGCAGCCAGUCAGCAUUGCCAUCAGAACCAGAGCCUACAACACAAUAUAGUGCCCCACCUCAGUCAAUCAGGGACCCUCCAUCAGAUCCUGUAGAUCCUCCAUCUCAACAUAGUACUCUAUCUCAAAGUGAAGAUGACAUUCCAAUGAUACAGAAACUUCAACAACUCAAUCACAAACAGCAACCCGAUCCAAGUAAAAAGAAAGGACCCCCAUCUUGGUUAAAGAAUGAAGAUUUAGCUGGUCCAUUUGAGGGUCCUCCGUCCAGUAGACAGGAACAGAGAACCCCUGUCAAUCAAGUACCUGUUAAGAAUGAUGACCACAUGUAUCAGACUAAACAGGAUGAUAUAGACAUGCUCAUAGAUGAGGAAUUAGCCAUGUGGCCAAAAACAGGAAAAUCAGAAUUAAAGACUGUGUUUGAUGCUGAAAAAGCCAAGCCAGAACCUAGUAAGGAUGAUGGUAAAGCAACGCCCAUGCAGAAAAUUAAAGAAAAUAGAUCAAAAUGGCGGGAAAAUCAGAAAAAGAACCUUGAGGAAUCCUGGGGAUCACUGACAAUGUUUGAUAGACAACAAAAAGGCAGAAUUUCUAUGGACUUAGAUGAUGAUUCAUUAGAUGAAUACCUCAAUCCCCCAAAGAAACAGGUACCAAAAGAGGCCCCCAUACAGGAAGAGGAAGAUGAUGAUUUAGUUGAUUCUAUCUUAAAUGAAGUUCCUGGGGAUGAAGAUUUCAUCAUACCAGAAUUGCCAUAUGGUAAAAGCUUGGUUAUUGAUAUCAUAUCUACCUGGGGUGACAGACAUUAUGUUGGUCUGACAGGGAUCCAGUUGUUUACUUCUAAUGGGGAUGCAGUUACAAUAUCAAAGAUAUCAGCAGAACCCUCCGACAUUAAUAUCUUAGAUGAGUACAACAAAGAUCCACGUGUCAUUUCUAAUGUCUUAGAUGGAGUCAACAGAACCAGAGAUGAUGUUCAUAUGUGGUUAGCUCCCUUUACAGAAGGAAAACAUAAUUAUAUUAACCUGACAUUUGAUAAACCUUGUAAAAUAGCUUUAAUGAGGAUAUGGAAUUACAAUAAAUCCAGAAUACAUUCUUACCGUGGUGCCAAAGAUGUUAUUAUUACAUUAGAUAAGAAUGAGAUAUUUAAAGGAGAGAUAGAGAGAGCAUGUGGAGGAAUAGAAGGAGGGACAGAAGCAUUUGGUGAUACAAUACUGUUCACGACAGAUGAGAACAUAUUAGAAUGUGUAUCACGUAAUGAUGAUGCUUACGAGGGUGAGAUGUUUGACAGUGAUGAGCCAGAUGAUGUGCCAUUCGAGAGACCAAGAACAGCUGAUGCUGGAGAUGAGAAUAGACCAUUCACAAGAGCGGUUGGCAAUAUAGAUGGAAGCACUUCACCUUUACCUCCACGACCUGCAACAAGUAUGGUCACAGAGGGAGAUGUUAUUGUGUUCAAGGGAAAACAACUGUUGCUCUGUUUUACUGCCACAUGGGGAGAUAUGCAUUAUUUAGGACUGACUGGGUUAGAGGUUGUGGGUAGAGAUGGAGAGGCGUUACCUGUGAACAUUAACAUGAUGAAUGGUAGUCCUAGAGAUCUACACUCACUUCCUGGACAUGAAAAUGAUGACAGGACACUUGAUAAAGUGAUAGACAAUAACAAUUUAACAACAUCUGAUGAACACAUGUGGAUGAUACCAUUUACAGAGGGACAAAAUCACACGUUAUCUAUAGAAUUCAGUCAGACUCAAAUGAUAUCAGGACUAAGGGUGUGGAACUACAACAAAAGUAGGGAAGAUACCUAUAGAGGGGCCAGAAUUGUUCAUGUUACCAUAGAUGAUAAACAAGUUUCUCCGCCAGAAGGAUAUCUGAUAAGAAAGGGUCCUGGUGUCUGCCAUUUUGACUUUGCUCAAGAAAUAAGUUUUGCUCCACAAACCAAACCACCACAACCAACAGUAUCAAAGUCUGAAUCUAAAUAUCUCAGGAAAUCUAUAAUGUCUACAGAUGAAGCUAGUCAGGAAUAUGAAAAUGUUCAGAUGCCCUCGGGAUUUAUAUACCAGUUACAAAUGGUAACAACAUGGGGUGAUCCAUACUAUGUUGGAUUGAAUGGUUUGGAAUUUUAUGAUGCUCAACACAAUAAGAUAGAAUUGAUGGAAAACAAUAUAUCAGCUUAUCCUGACAGUGUUAAUGUGUUAGAUGGAACAUCAAAUGAUGUCAGAACUCCUGACAAACUGAUAGAUGGUUUUAAUGAUACAUUAGAUGGUACCCAUAUGUGGGUGGCUCCUAUAUUGCCAGGAAUAGUCAACAGAGUAUAUGUAAUUUUUGACCAACCAACUACAGUAUCAAUGAUAAAGUUAUGGAACUACAGCAAAACACCAAGUAGAGGUGCCAAAGAUUUUGCACUUUUGGUAGAUGAUUUAUUAGUAUAUAAUGGUAAUUUACAAGCUGUCACUCAAGGAGCAAGGGGGAUAAUUCCUGGAGUGAGUGCUCCACAGAAAUACCACACCAUACUUUUUACUGAUAAUAAAGAAAUACUCAGGAAGGAGAAACACACUGUAAUAAGCAAUCAGACAGGUGACCAGGAUAUUCAGUUGACCAAUGAUAAGCAAGUUGUUAGCCAUUAUAACGAUCCUAAAAAAGCAGAUUCUGGAAAACCUGUUAAUCAACAAUUGCGACCCAAGACCAGUCUUGUAGCUACAAAGAAAAGAAGAUAGCCAUGCCCACUAAAGCAUUAAUGCCAAUUUUAUGGUGCUAUGUGUAUCUGAUGUGAACUAAUUGUGAUAGCUUUGUAAAUCAGUGACAUUAUUUAUUGCUUAAGGUUGUGAAAAUUAUAUUAUAAGUGAUUUAUUUAUAAUGUUCAAUUUUCAGAGAUAAACAAAUCAUGAAAACUUAUUAAAAAUACCAUUUGGAUGUUGUUACUAUGACGAAUAUUUCAAAAGUAAUAAAAAUCAACAAUUAAUGGGAAAUAGUUGGUGCCAAGUAAUGCUGUGAACUGCAAUAUUCAAUGUGUAUAUUAGUGCUAAUGACUCAAAUUACUAAUUUGAUUAAUGAUUGCUAACAUUCCUGUAAUAAUAUUAUUAAACCUUUGACUUUGCAUCAAGGAA